GCACAGGUACCCCUGAACUUAAAAUACAAGUUAAAAAAAAAGAAACAAAACAAAAAAAAAGGCUUAUUUCCUAAAAGAAAAGCAUGAGAUACCUAACCGGGCCCCUCAGUUGCCCAGGGCUCUUCCUGAAUUCCAGCAGGUGGAGACUGCCAGGUCCCCCAGGCUCUCCCCCAAGAGAGGAAAGAUUUGUCCAGAUGUACUGAGACCCUUGCCUGGCUCCUGCCUGUUCUGGGGGCUUACUGCAGGCAUCCUUUCUCUCCCUCACCUGUGGGCUGGCUUGUGGGCCACCAGGGCCCCCUGCUUCCUCCCACCCUCAUGGAAACGCCCUUUUCAUGGUUGUGCAGCUCUUCAUUUCCAAAAGGACCGCAGCUCCAUGGAGGCUGAAGGGGUCCUAGGCAGGCCCUGUCCCUUCUGGCCUCCCUGGUCUGAGUGAGCGCUGCCCUCUGGAAUCAGGAAGGUCAGGCUGUGGAAGAGCUAGGGCUGACCUGUCCCAUUGUGAGCCCGAGGUCACUCACCAGCACCGCGCCCUGGCCGCACCUGCCCCAGCUGCCCCCAGGCGCCCAGGGCCAUGCUGAGAAGCUGUCCUGCAGAAACGUCCUCCACGCUAACCAGCCUCACUCCCUUCGGGCCACCCACCCCAGCUAGUUGGGCCCCUCUGGGCAUGGCUGUCUGGAGGAAGAUCCCGACAAGUUUCUGUGAGGGCCGAAAAAAGAACCUCAGUCUCAUGACUGCUGGCUUCACUUCCCCAAACGAGGUCGCCCAGUUGUCGGCUUGAACCAGAGCAAUGCUACAUGAGGCACCCGCAGUCCAAGAGGUCUGCUUGGGCCCAGGGCACUGUCAGACCGUGAAGCUCAAAGCAGACUCCUAGUUCUCUUCAGAACCCCAGAGAGAGGAAGUGAAGGGCCCGUUCUCUAAAGAGGAGGUCCCCCGGGGCCCACUGUGGUUGGGCCAGGGGCAGCUGCUAUGUGUGGGAAGAGGCUCAGACAGAGCUCUGGACCUGAGGGACUCAGCGACCUUUAUCCAUUCGUGAAAGUAUUGUGUCUCCCCCCGAGCUGCCCCCGAGAAACAUCCCUCCGUCUGCUGGCUCCUGUGAGGCCAAGGAGGUUCCUCUUUCAAACGAGAAUCCCCGAGCGACCGAGACCAGCCGGCCGAGCCUCUCCGAAACGUUGUUCCAGCGACUGCAAAGCAUGGACACCAGUGGGCUUCCAGAAGAGCAUCUUAAGGCCAUCCAAGAUUAUUUAAGCACUCAGCUCGCCCUGGACUCUGAAUUUGUGAAGACGGGGUCCAGCAGUCUUCCUCACCUGAAGAAACUGACCACACUGCUCUGCAAGGAGCUCUAUGGAGAAGUCGUCCGGACCCUCCCAUCCCUGGAGUCUCUGCAGAGGUUAUUUGACCAGCAGCUCUCCCCGGGCCUCCGUCCGCGUCCUCAGGUUCCUGGUGAGGCCAAUCCCAUCAACAUGGUGUCCAAGCUCAGCCAACUGACAAGCCUGUUGUCCUCCAUUGAAGACAAGGUCAAGGCCUUGCUGCACGAGGGUCCUGAGUCCCCACACCGGCGUUCCCUUAUCCCUCCAGUCACCUUUGAGGUGAAGGCAGAGUCUCUGGGGAUUCCUCAGAAAAUGCAGCUCAAAGUCGACGUUGAGUCUGGGAAACUGAUCAUUAAGAAGUCCAAGGAUGGUUCUGAGGACAAGUUCUACAGCCACAAGAAAAUCCUGCAGCUCAUUAAGUCACAGAAAUUUCUGAAUAAGUUGGUGAUCUUGGUGGAAACAGAGAAGGAGAAGAUCCUGCGGAAGGAAUAUGUUUUUGCUGACUCCAAAAAGAGAGAAGGCUUCUGCCAGCUACUGCAGCAGAUGAAGAACAAGCACUCAGAGCAGCCGGAGCCCGACAUGAUCACCAUCUUCAUCGGCACCUGGAACAUGGGUAACGCCCCCCCUCCCAAGAAGAUCACGUCCUGGUUUCUCUCCAAGGGGCAGGGAAAGACACGGGACGACUCUGCCGACUACAUCCCCCAUGACAUUUACGUGAUUGGCACCCAGGAAGACCCCCUGAGUGAGAAGGAGUGGCUGGAGAUCCUCAAACACUCCCUGCAAGAAAUCACCAGCAUGACGUUUAAAACAGUCGCCAUCCACACGCUCUGGAACAUCCGCAUCGUGGUGCUGGCCAAGCCUGAGCACGAGAACCGGAUCAGCCACAUCUGUACUAACAACGUGAAGACAGGCAUCGCAAACACACUGGGGAACAAGGGAGCCGUGGGGGUGUCGUUCAUGUUCAAUGGAACCUCCUUAGGGUUCGUCAACAGCCACUUGACUUCAGGAAGUGAAAAGAAACUCAGGCGAAACCAAAACUAUAUGAGCAUUCUCCGGUUCCUGGCCCUGGGCGACAAGAAGCUGAGUCCCUUUAACAUCACUCACCGCUUCACGCACCUCUUCUGGUUUGGGGAUCUUAACUACCGUGUGGAUCUGCCUACCUGGGAGGCAGAAACCAUCAUCCAGAAAAUCAAGCAGCAGCAGUACGCAGACCUCCUGUCCCACGACCAGCUGCUCACGGAGAGGAGAGAGCAGAAGGUCUUCCUGCACUUCGAGGAGGAAGAAAUCACGUUUGCCCCGACCUACCGUUUUGAAAGACUGACUCGGGACAAAUACGCCUACACCAAGCAGAAAGCGACAGGGAUGAAGUACAACUUGCCUUCCUGGUGCGACCGAGUCCUCUGGAAGUCUUAUCCCCUGGUGCACGUGGUGUGUCAGUCUUAUGGCAGUACCAGCGACAUCAUGACCAGUGACCACAGCCCUGUCUUUGCCACGUUUGAGGCAGGAGUCACUUCCCAGUUUGUCUCCAAGAACGGUCCUGGGACUGUCGACAGCCAAGGACAGAUUGAGUUUCUCAGGUGCUACGCCACAUUGAAGACCAAGUCCCAGACCAAAUUCUACCUGGAGUUCCACUCGAGCUGCUUGGAGAGUUUCGUCAAGAGUCAGGAAGGAGAAAACGAAGAAGGAAGUGAGGGGGAGCUGGUGGUGAAGUUUGGUGAGACCCUUCCAAAGCUGAAGCCCAUUAUCUCUGACCCUGAGUACCUGCUAGACCAGCACAUCCUCAUCAGCAUCAAGUCCUCUGACAGCGACGAAUCCUAUGGCGAGGGCUGCAUUGCCCUUCGGUUAGAGGCCACAGAAACGCAGCUGCCCAUCUACACGCCUCUCACCCACCAUGGGGAGUUGACAGGCCACUUCCAGGGGGAGAUCAAGCUGCAGACCUCUCAGGGCAAGACAAGGGAGAAGCUCUAUGACUUUGUGAAGACAGAGCGUGAUGAGUCCAGUGGGCCAAAGACCCUGAAGAGCCUCACCAGCCAUGACCCCAUGAAGCAGUGGGAAGCCACCAGCAGGGCCCCUCCAUGCAGUGGCUCCAGCAUCACCGAAAUCCUCAACCCCAACUACAUGGGAGUGGGGCCCUUUGGGCCACCAGUGCCCCUGCACAUGAAGCAGACCUUCUCCCCUGACCAGCAGCCCACAGCCUGGAGCUAUGACCAGCCACCCAAGGACUCCCCGCUGGGGCCCUGCAGGGGAGAAAGUCCUACGACACCUCCCUGCCAGCCACCCAUAUCACCCAAGAAGUUUUUACCCUCGACAGCAAACCGGGGUCUCCCCCCAAGGACGCAGGAGUCAAGGCCCAGUGACCUGGGGAAGAACGCAGGAGACACGCUGCCUCAGGAGGACCUGCCUCUGACAAAGCCCGAGAUGUUUGAGAACCCCCUGUACGGGUCCGUGAGUUCCUUCCCUAAACCUGCUCCCAGGAAGGACCAGGAAUCCCCGAAAAUGCUGCGGAAGGAGCCCCCGCCCUGCCCGGAACCCGGCAUCUUGUCGCCCAGCAUCGUGCUCACCAAAGCCCAGGAGGCUGAUCGCGGCGAGGGGCCCGGCAAGCAGGCGCCCGCGCCCCGGCUGCGCUCCUUCACCUGCUCGUCCUCUGCCGAGGGCAGGGCGGCGGGCGGGGACAAGAGCCAAGGGAAGCCGAAGACGGCCAUCAGCUCCCAGGCCCCAGUGCCAGUCAAGAGGCCCAUCAAGCCUUCCAGGUCGGAAAUGAACCAGCAGACCCAGCCCACCCCGACGCCGCGGCCGCCGCUGCCAGUCAAGAGCCCGGCGGUCCUGCACCUCCAGCACUCCAAGAGCCGCGACUACCGCGACAACAGCGAGCUCCCGUACCAUGGCAAGCACCGGCCGGAGGAGGGGCCACCGGGGCCUCUAAGCAGGACUGCCAUGCAGUGAAGCCCUCAGUGAGCUGCCAGUGAGUCGGGAGCCCAGAGGAACAGCGCGAAGCCACUGGACCCUCUGCCAGGACCUCCUGCUGGCUCCUCCUGCCCAGCUUCCUAUGCAAGGCUUUGUGUUUUCAGGAAAGAGCCUAGCUUCUCUGUGGCCCAGGGAGUUCACUGCCUGUGAGACUUGGCACCAAGUGCUGAGGCUGGAAGAAAAACGCACACCAGACAGGCAACAAAUAGUCUGGGUCUCCAGCUCGCUCUUGGUACUUGGGACCCCAGUGCCUUGUUGAGGGCGCCAUUCUGAAGAAAGGAACUGCAGCGCCGAUUCGAGGGUGGAGAUAUAAAUAAUAAUAAUAAUGUUAAUAAUAAUAAUGACCACGUGAAUCGAACACUCACGAUGUGCCAAGUGCUGUGCUAAGUGCUUUACGAACAUUCAUCACAUCAGGAUGACCUUGAGAGCUGAGGCUCUAGCCACUUAAAACCACGUGCCCAAACCCACCAGUUCAUGGUGUGUGUUCGGAGGGGUGAAAGCAUUAAGAAGCCCAGUGCCCUCCUGGAGUGAGACAAGGGCUUAGCCUUAAGGAGCUGAAGAGUCUGGGUAGCUUGUUUAGGGUACAAGAAGCCUGUUCUGUCCAGCUUCAGUGACACAAGCUGCUUUAGCUAAAGCCCGGGAGUCCCGGCAUCGCUGAGCUGAGAGCAGGGAUCUACCUGGCUUCUCAGUUCUUUAGUUGGAAGGAGCAGGAAAUCAGCUCCUACUCUCCAGUGGAGAGAUCUGGCCUCAGCCUGGGCUGGAGAUGCCAAGGACUGUGCCAGGUUCCCUGUGCCCUCCUCGAGGUGGGCAGCCAUCACCAGCCACAGUUAAGCCAAGCCCCCCAACACAUAUUCCAUCAUGCAGAUAGAAGAGUCUUUGCUGUUGCUCCCGAAAGCCGUGCUCUCCAGCCUGGCUGCCAGGGAGGGUGGGCCUCUUGAUUCCAGGCUCUUGAAAUAGUGCAGCCUUUUCUUCCUCUCUCUGUGUCUUUCAGCUCUGCUUCGUUGGUUAUUAGGAGAAUGGAUGGGUGAUGUCUUUCCUUAUGUUGCUUUUUCAACAUAGCAGAAUUAAUGUAGGGAGCUAAAUGCAGCGGUAUGUGUGAACGCAGAAGGGUAUGUGCCCCACAUUCCCGUGGUGGAAGUCUGCAUGACCAAUAAAUUGUGCCUUUCUCACUCA